AGAGGAGUCACCAUCCUCCUCGUCCCUCACCCCAACAAAUCCGUCUGCAAUUGCACCACGACCCCUAGAAGGACCCCCUUUGACCGGCUGAUUUCGAUCCGUCCUAUAUUGCAGCCAUGUCUGCGCCGGUGGCUCAGGAAGAGCUGCCUAUCCUGGAGGCCGUCAUCAACAUCCGGAACCGACUGACCGCGCUCAAGAAGAACAGAGGCGAGUUCAUCAAGCCGUCGGAUGUAUACCAACUGUACCAGAUGAUUGUGAAGCAAGUGACGCGCUUGAACGAGGUUCGCGACGAUCAUACCACGUACAACAACCGCCUGGACACUACUCUCGCGGACGUCUUCAAUCUCCUUUCCCUCUUCUUCCUUACCAUUGGAAAGACACGGGAAUGCCCGGCUACGUACAGCCAGGUUGCGAGUAUGCGGGGUAUCCUCGACCAUAUGGACGAGUCAGGGGUCUACAAUGAGUCCGAUCUUGCCCCCUUCCAUCGACGACUAGCAGAGCUUCGGAACAUCCUACAAGCCGACGUAGAGAGCGGAAAGCAUCCUCCCGCUAUGACCAAGCUCCUCGAACGACAGCUCAAUGAGUGCGAUAACCUCCUCCGCAAAAUGCAGGACUCGCUAGCCGUGCUCUCUCCCGAACUCAUCCCCAUCCAUGAACGACUGGUCAACAUUCGGAGACAGCUCGUUGCACUUGCAGCCAAGGAAACUGCAAGGGAGGUUGCAUGGUCCCAGGCAAAGGCGGAAUUGCCUGAUUACAAGGGCAAGGCCGUUAACACCGAGCCCGAGGGGUCUGUCAGCGAACCCAACUCGAGGACGCCAACGCGCGAAAGCACGCCUACGCCCAGGGUCGCGACGGCAGAGGGAGUCAGGGACAAGGAUGGUCUUCGCGUUAAGGCAGAGCUGAAGCCCAUCCAGGAGGAGUUGCGAAAAAUCGACUCGAAACGUGUAGACGGCAAGUUUUUAGGUCCUGGAGGCUCUGUGCCAGCCUCCCAAGCUAUCUGUUCUUCUCUUCUGGAGGAAUGUUUCGAAAUUGUGCAAGAGAUUCGUGCGCAGGACGAGUCAAAGAAUGUUGCGUCGUCUCUGCGACCCAUCUAUGACCGACUAAGCGAGAUUCGGAAAGAGCUAGAGCAAUUGGUCCUAACGCACCGGUGGAGUCUCCGCGAAACGGAUCUGUGGAACUACAGUCUCAGUCUCCAGGAGAUCGAUAAGAUGCGGGUAGAUGGCAAGUUCGUCGACGCCGACGGCAAUCGACCGGAGGGACAAUAUGUCCUGUUAUAUCUCCUGCGGCGAUGUUACGGUCUCAUAUACCGGCUACUCUCAUCGAGCGAGCCAGUAUCCGAGGAGCUGAUGCCCAUAGCGAACAAGCUGUCGACGGUGAAAAAGUGUCUCAAUGAGGUUCUGAAGUAUGGCGGCCCGUUCAGCCCGCGCGACCUCUACCCGUAUCAGCUCGCUUUGCAUCAGAUAGACUCCAUGCGCAAGGAUGGCAAAUUCAUUGGCGUCGACGGCUCUAUCCCUGAAGGUCAAGGUAUCGUGAUGGCUCACCUCAAUGAAUGCCAUGAACUCCUUGAGAUGCUCAAGGAGUCCAUGGAGGUCGAGGAGGACGACUACAUCGACGGCGACGACUAUGAGUUCGAUGAUCCGCCGUCCGAGGAGGAAGAUGAGCAAUAGGAAGAGGAUCCCUCUGUGUCGGGACAGCUUGACAAUGUGGCGAAGAAGGCCUGGGUCGGGUGUAGCACGUCGAUUACCAAUUGUACGAGUGCACCAUCACACUAGAAGUUCUGGGCAGAACUGUAUGUUUUUUCCACACUGGUCU